ACAAAAGAAAGGUAUAAUUGUUGAAACUUGAAAGGUUGUUAAAGCUCUAUCUUGAGGUGAAAAAGAGGGAAGAUGAUGAUGAUAACUCAACUUCUCUCUCCUCUCUCUAUAACUACUUCACUACAACCCCAUCACCAAAUCUGCAAAACUCAUCUCUUAAUUCCCACAAACAGAUGCUCAUUUACAUAUAAACACUGUAGUUUAAGCAAAUUUAGUAUCAAUGGAGGAAAAGAUUUAAGGUGGAGCAGCAAUUCUAGUAAGGAUGAUAAUGGCACAGUUGAUGACAUGGAGUCUUAUCUUAACAACCUGUCUCUUGAGUAUGACUCUGUUUGGGACACCAAACCUGCGUGGUGUCAACCAUGGACAAUAACACUGACCGGAGUUCUAGCAAUUAGCUGUAGCUGGCUAGUUUUGCAUUCAGUGGUGAUCACUGGUUUAGUUCUUUCAUUGAUAUCUGCAUGGUGGUACAUCUUUCUCUACUCUUACCCCAAGAGUUACUCGGAUAUGAUUGCAGAGCGAAGGAAGAACGUCACAAGUGGCACUGAAGACACUUUUGGUUUAAGAAAGAGUCCUUGAUCUGUAUAUCUUUACAUCAUGUUAAUUGUGUUGGGAGCUCAUUUAGCAAUUAGCUGUGAUUUGUUACAUUUGUAUGUAUAGGUUGCUUGCUGUAUUUAGCAUAUUGCACAGACAAUUACUAACAUUAUAAUGAAGCAUAAUCUCUACUCUGUUCAAUGGCA